AUGCCAAACGCUAUCGGUAUCGACCUUGGCAUCUCGUAUGUUUCCAUUGCUGUUGCUCAGGAUGGGAAAGUUCAUGUUAUUCCGGACACACAGGGUCGCCAGAGAAUCCCAUCAUCGUACCUACUUCGCACCUCCGUUGCUCCCAGUGUCGGCCCCGCAAUUCGGGAUCGGGUAUGCAGCCCUCUUCGUUAUUGCAAGGAAGAUCUCAGGGUCAUCCUUGCCGCGGCCAAAGCCUUAGCCGAGUCCUAUGUUAGUACGAUUGUUGAGGAUGCUGUUAUCACCGUACCGUCAUCUUGUCAUGAUGCGGAACGUGCUGAAACCAGAGAUGCUGGGCAUCAAGUUGGACUCAAGGUCCAUCGGUUACUGAACACUCCAACAGCCGCUGCCAUAGCGCAGUGGACUGACUCGCCAACGUCUGACGCCCAUCUCAUGCUAGUCUUAGAUAUUGGGGCCCGAAGGGCUGAAGCUACUGUUUUGGAUGCUUGGAACGGUCUUUUUGAGGUUAAGUCAAGCCACGGUGACUGCCGGCUGGGCGGAUGGGCGUACGAUAUCAAGUUACGCCGCUACCUCGAAUAUCACAUGAGAGAUAGAAUUCCAGACAGAGACCUGCAAUCACUUCUUGGCAGGUCCGAGGACAUCAAAAGAUCCCUAUCGGUCUGUGAAUCAGUAUCUGAUACGAGCGGUCUCGUCAUUACGCGGAAGGAGUACGAGGAUGUUUGUAAGGACAACUUUGCAGGGACAGUUGCCCUAGUGAAGAGGACUAUCCACAAUGCUGAGAUUGAAAAGUCUGCCAUCCGGGAGGUGGUCCUUGUUGGUGGUUCUGCCAGCACACCCAUACUGCAAAAGGUUCUAGCAGACUUCUUCGGCUGUUCAAAAAAAGAUUUAUGCCGUCCGCAAGUGGCAGCUGCCCGCGGAGCGGCACUACAGGCAGCAUCAUUGACAGGCCGAUCGCUGUUCUCCGAACUGCUUAUCCUAGAUGUGGUUCCUAGUUCGAUACAUAUUGAGCUCCUGCCUGGGCUUCUACUGCAACUCUGGCCCCGAAAUACUACACUGACUCGUGAAUCGACGAUUAUUGUUGGGGUUUUGUCAAUAGCGUAUCUCCCCCAGUCCUUCAAACUUAUAGAAGGGGAUAUUGGUUCAGUCAGGACUCUUGGAACUUUUGAUCUCCGCUGCCUCCGGCUUCCUUCCGACUGCCAGGUUACGAUCCAAAUCAACAUCUCAGUCGAUCUGAAUGGUAUCGUGGAUGCAGAUAUAGCUCUGCACCGCCCGGAAAGUAACAUUACUAUUCCAUUACAAAGAAGCCCCCUGGUGGACGACCACCGAGAUAUGAAUCAUGAUGAAUUGAUACCUUCAAGCGGGACACAGUCCACGGCUUUACUGGAGUCAUAUAUCAGCUUUCUUCAACUGAUUAUUCCUACACUGUCGAUUGAGCAUCAAGGUACCUUAAAAACCGCAAUUUCCCAUAUAGAAUCCACAGUGUCACAACAAUAUUCAGCAACAGACCACGCACGCGCCUUGGCUUUGGAAUAUCUCAUUCGGUAA